UCAUGUUUUGUCAGAGCUCUCUGCUAUGACCUGUCCAUCUUGGGUGGUCCUGCACGGCAUAGCUCAUGGCUUCAUUGAGCUGCGCAAGCCCCUUCGCCAUGACAAGGAAUGUUGUGGUACAGUUGUGCUAAUACUUUCUUAUAUUGCCAUGCUGAAGGGGAGUGCAGCUGUAUCUAAAGGCAUGCUGGGUAUAUGUUAUGUCAACCUCAGGAAUUGCCUGGCUGUAUAACCUGGAGGUGCUCUGCAUUUUAUGAACCAAAACUUUCUAAGCCUCUUGAAAUCAUAUGCAUAGUCCUUCAUAGCUUAUUAAUGCAUUUUUCUGGAUUCCCAGGGCAAUACGAGUUGGUUAAUAUGUAUCUAUAAAUCAGUAGAAAAGUUUUGGUCCUGCAAUUGCACUGUUCAGCUAAGGUCAUACCCUUAAAUCUCGCAGCUUCCAGAAUUCAGAGUCUUUAGCAUAGGGUUUAGUUCUCUUCAUAGCCUUUUAUUAGGGAUUUGGGUCAGAAGAGAGAAAAUGAAUUAAGUAUCUUUAAUGGAGAUCUAAUUUCAUUGUCAAACUGUCCUUUAAAAUUUUGAUUAUUACUGGGGAAUGGAGUAGAAUUGCUUUCAGUCAGAUAACUAUAGCAAACUUCUAUAGUUUUCUUUAAAGUAUCUUACAGAGAAGGGAGAGAGUGUGUAUUAGUAAAUAUUUAUAACCAUGCUCAAGCAAGUAUACAAAUUUUGAGUACGUUUCUAAGGUUUAUAUUUUGUUAGAAUUUUGUGUGUAUAAAGAUUCACCAUAGUUCACUGUUUCAAAAGGAUUUUCUUUCACUGAGUGUGUGAUUGUAUUUUCUGAACAAUCAUAACUAAAUCAGGAGAAUCAGGAAGCCUAAAGCAGUCUCUGGUUUGUAGAUUUUUCAUGUUGAAGUAACUUGCACAUAUGCAAACUAUCCAGGUCAAAUACUGACACUUACCAAGUCUACUUGAUACUUUUGACUGGAGAGCUGUGGACUACAUUUCCUAGAGAAUAUUCUCCUUGAAUGUUUUCCAGUAUCAAAUGCAUUUGCCUGUUUCUACUUCUCACUUUAGCAGAAUGCCAGUUCCAAUGGGUAAUUCCUAAAAUGAGAGGUGAUAGGACUUCUCUUGAAUGAGAAUUAUAACAUUUCAUUUGCAACAAUGGUCUCCUUAUUUCAGAUGUAUGGAGACAAACUGAACUUACGUUAUGGUGAAACUCAGCACAUGCUCAGAUAGCCUCCCAUUAUUUUGCCUGCAUUAUAUCUAGUCCCACAUAUUCUGAUGUAACUAACCUUAACCCUAACUGAUGCUGAAGUCUGGCUCAAAUUAAGCCCUGUCUGUUCCCUAUUUAACAUUUGGUGAUCACAUUAUGAAAGUUUAGAAAGAAUGGGUUUUCCAUUGAAACCUACAUUUAUGCUGCACUUUCGCAUAUAAAUUCAUGCCUGAUACAGUUGUGUAAGUAGUCAUGUUAUGAGCACCCAAACAUUAUGUCGGAAGACUUUUGCAAGGGUUGAUGUCCAUUAUCCAGCAACACUUCUUUGUCUUUUAAAAUGUUCCCUCACUCAAUCCAGAACCUCAGUUUUAUGCUGUCACUUGAACAGCAUUCUUGCUGUUAGCAGGUCUGUGCUUAUGCACACAUAUCCAUAGUGGCCAAAAUGUCUUUGGGAUGGCACACAAGGGUGUCAUUUGCAGCCUUACUUCCUGCUUAUAACCUCUCCUAAUUCAUUAUUAUGUAAUACAGAACAGCUGUGCAUGAUGUUACUAUUCUAAAGCUGAUGCAACUGCAUAUUGCCCUGGUGCCACAUUUUCAGCUUCCUUGUGACACUAGCCCAGCAUUAAUUGUACACUGCUUUAACUGAAUUUUUAAUGGUCCAGCAGCUCAUAGGAUUGUGCCACAUGAGCAGUGUAUGAAAAAAAAAACCUUUCAGUAAUACAUGAAUAUGGACAUCAUCUUUAAGAUCAUGAGAUUUGAAAAGCAAUUAAUGUGGCAUUUUUAUUUUAUAUACCAGUCUGUUAACACGAAGUGUUCUUUUCAAAUGUUUAUCUUAAAUGCAAAGGCUAAAAUGUACUUUAAAAAUGAUUUUGUGGCUUAAAGAUGGGGGGUUGCCUGGGGGGUUGCAUGCAAUUUACUGGCUUGGUCUCUUCUGUGUAUAUUACUUGAGUGACUUUUUAAAUGCACUAUUGUAUAUCCAAAUAUAUAGAUAUAUAUUGGUUUUUAAAAUGACAGUUGUUUAUUUCCCAUUUCCAAAGUUUCUAAGGAAAAUCAACAGUAACACUUGAUUAAAAUGAUCAAAUAAGAAUAAUGCUGUUCUGCUUUUAAGUCAGUCUGGGAACAUUUAUUUGAAUACCAGGAACUUUAUUGUUAGGAUAUAUUACUUGAGGAAGUAUACAGGAGAGAGGAAGCACAUGUGCAAAUAAGUACGUAGGCUCGGUGUUCCUGGUAUUACACUAUUCUCAGUUAGGAAGCAACCAGGGAGAUUUUCGAACUGACUAUCAGUAAACUCCUUUUUAUUUUAUGGAAGUUGGAACUUACUUGACCUGGUGUAGAGUUUUGCCUUAUACCUUAUGAUGGCAGCAUCUAAUCUGAAAUAUCGUAGUAUGGGGCCAAAGCUACAUCUUAAUUCACAUCAACUUUCAAUGAUGGUUAUUCUUAACAAUCUCUGGAUUUCUUCUAAAACACUUCACAGUUUCAGACAAAUCUUUUUUGCCUACUUAACUUACAGCACACAACUGUUUGAUUGAUGCUGUCAUCUCAUGUAUGAGUAUCUCAUCCGCCUUGGUCAAACAUGAUUGUUUAAACCACUAUCCCUGUUAUUUUAUUAUUUUAGCUUUGUGCCUGUAUCCUUCAACAUGGUAUAGUGCCAUGGGAAUAGUUCGUAUGAAAUAUGUUAAAUAAUAAAGCAUUUUUGGAAAUAUUUCAUAACCCAGGUAAUAGGAUUGAUUGUUCUUGGUUAGACAUAACAGCAUAAACCUGUAGACUUUACCUAGGAAAAUAAUUUAGUCAUGGGAUUAGUUUUUGUGGACUGUGGACAUGGGAUUUUUUUUUUCAAAACUGUGUUUCCCUUUCCCCUGUAAUUCUAUUCCCAUCGUAAACUGAACACCAACUCUUCACUUCUUAUAGUGUCUGCUCACAUUUCAUUUGAAAUUUAGCUACUUCCACUUUUCCUCCUUAGUUCACCACAAGAAUGCAUAGCAUAGAAAAAUACUGUGUUAUUUAACAUUCUCUUUAACCUAUCUAUGUCACUAAGUCACUUGUAUUUUCUGCAUCUGAAAGGAUUUGUUGCCUUCCUUGGUCAAUGCUGGAUGAACACUUUGAGAAGGGAAGCCCGUUGGCCUACCCAAAUCACUAGGCAGAGUGGGCAGUUGACAAGGCCCUGGCAAAUCAGCCACUAGCACCACAAUAUCCCCUUAUCUUUAGAGUAGCAAACUGUGCAGCCAUGUGACAAAUCUGUGGGAAGGCCAAGAAGGGUUGGGGCCCAGCAGCUGCUGAUGUUUACUAUAUUCACUAUUGCUAUUCAUGAAGGUUGAGCCCCAGAAGCAGACAUGCUGUCCAUUUAAGAUUAGUUUUUCUAAAUUUUGCAAAGCACUAAUAGAUCUUGCAAACAACUACAUCUGACAAAACACUAAUCUGUUACUUUGUUACUUGAACAUCCAUCUGAUAAUUUUUGUCUGAAAACUGUCACUUGGAAUGCUGUGCAAUAUUAUUUCUUCACAGAUAUUUCCUUGAAAAGGAUUUCUACCAAACUUCUCUGUAUAUAAGCUUCUAGAAGCAACAACUCGUUUGCAAGUGUAUUGAAGAAUAAGCUUUGUAAGAAAUAAGAUGCAAGUUAAUUAAUGUUAGAAGUUACCAAGAAAACUUCAUAAUGUGUCUCCAAAUAUUAUAUUGAGUCUUAAAUGAAGCAAAUUAAUCAUUAAUUUAAAAUGCACAUUUGUUGUUGCUGUCUGAUGUGAACGUAAGUAUAGAAAUAUCUCACCUGAUUUGUUCUACUUUCAGCAUGGCUAAAAAUAGAAAAUUUUCCAAGCCUGGAUUGGAAAGUACUGGGUUAGAAUUACAGGACAUGCAGAAAAAACUAAAUCUACAUUAUUUGGAAUUAUAAAUGUCAGUAUGCUCCUUAUGGGGUUGUGAUGCAUAGGGCACAACUUUUCAAAUAAACAAAAUGCUACUUAUAUUCUUAACUUGGCAAUGUAUUUAGGUACAUGAGGGGGUACAUGAGGGGCCGCUACAUGGAGGUGGGUAGAGACCUGCAAAGGAGGGUAGGACACAUUCCAAUGGAGCAGAGCUCAGGGAAUCAAAGUUCAACUUGGAUGCCAGGAAGUACUUCCUGAAAGUUAGGACCCCACGUAUGGAAUGGACUUUUACGGGAGGUGGUUGAAGCCCCAUCGGUGAGGGUGUUCAAGGACAUGCAGGCUGGACAUGCACAUGGUAGGCAUGUCAUGAGUGGAGUGGAGCUGGCUGGAGCCAGGGGUCUGACUGGUAGGCUCGGGAGGUCCCUUCUGACUUACUCUGUUUCUAUGUUUCUGUUUCUAUUUCAGUAUCUGAGCAUUAUUUUUUAUUUGUGCCUGCUUUACUGGGGUGAUAUACUUCUUUCCAAGUUAGUCGUCCAAUUCCUGCAGUCUUUCCAAACUUAGCACUGUGUCAUGCAUGUUGGGAAUAAUGGGAAUUAUAAUUUAGCAUAUCUGCGGGAUACCAUGCUGAAGAAGGAUGACUUACCUUCUGUAAAUUUUUUAAGCUGCACAUUUGAUAAAUUCAGGAACUGUUGUGGGCCCUAACUGAAAAUUACUUCAAUGGGAGAUGCAACAACAGACAAGUAAUUUAUAAAAAUUAUGCAGUAAAAGGUGGGGGUCUGAAUCCUAAUGUAUUAGACAAUUCCUUUCAGUCUACAGUUUUCAGCACCAUCAGAAAACUAUUUCACAGCAACCCCAGAUGCCAGUAACAAAAUGUGUUCUCCCCAACUUUAGUUUGAAAAUGAGGGCCACUGUUCUUUGGUGGGUGCCAAGAAAGGAUGGGGAUUAAAUUUUGCCCUAAUAAUUACAGAUGUGUUGUUCAUGUCAAAGUACAUCUGAAGCCACAUUCUGCAAUACUUGAAAUUUAUUUGGGCAUCAUGGGAUUUUGGAAUGUUCUGAUUCCCUUUGUUUGUGGCUUUUAUCUCUUUCACUAAAUUUCAUUAGAGCAUACUAAAGAUUUCACUUUACCAAACAAAUUUUUACUUGAUUAAUAAUUAUGCAAUCUGGUUAAUACAGUUCUACAGCAUAAAAUAAAAUAGGCAUGAUGCGAUUUAAUAUGCUAUUCAGGAUGCAGUAUGAAGCUGCUGAAGUCAUUUUGGUGUGCAUAUGGCAUAAAGUAAAAAUUGUGAGCAUGUUAAAUAAAUAAUAAAUAACACAAAUAGACCUCAUAGAUGGUAAUGACACUGUUUUGUUAUCUUUAUGUUAUUUUCUUUGCAUGCUUGUUAAAAAGUGGAGUCAGAGUGUCUGAGAGAGAACCCUAACAAGUUCCUUCUAAUCAGCCUCGGAAUGCUUCUGUCAGGCACAAGAAAAAUGCUCAGCUUGAACAAAGCUGCAUUUUCCCCCGAAGAAACACAUUUGUUUAAAGAUUGGCCUGUCAAUUUGUGAAUCAACAUUUCGGCUUUUUGCUCAGACAUCAUGCUUUUACCUCCCCCCCCCACCCCCAAGAAGGGGAAAUAAUACAAAGCUGCUAUUUGUUGUUUGAAGGAAGUAAACUUCAUCAGGUCGACUUAGAUGUGUGCUUCAAAUGUCACUCAGUACAGCUUUCUUGUAAUGAAACGCUGCAUACAGAUUUCUUCCUUUGGGCUCAAGGGGAUUAGGCCCAGUAAAAGAAAAAUUCAGUCUUCCUUGCUGUGGUGCAUCAGAGUGAGAAGUUUAAAAUCCACAAUUUAUUCAAAUAUUGAUAUUUCUACUUGUCAGAAGAGAGGGGCCUUGAAAUUUCCACUGAGCACUGUUGUCAGAAGAAUUGCAAGAAAUGUGUCAGAUAAUUCAUAAAUGGAGUUCACUACUGUGAAAUCAGUUGGGAACAGCAAAAAAUAUAUUCUUGUCGAUGUAGAAUAGGGGCAGUAUAACAGAAAAUAGCACUCACUUUUCCAUCAUGUCAAGCAAAUGCUCAAUUUGGGCAAGGUAUUUUUUAAACAGCUUGCUGCUUCUAGAGGAGCCCACAAUGCAUGAAAAAUGUUUUGAGUUCUGCUUUGUAGACAAGAGAUCUGUUUGUUGUUUUUUCCCCUCUGAGACCUUCCAUUUCCCAUCCUGCAGUAGCCAAUCAGAAAACAGCUGUUUACAAGGCUUUGCAAGCAGUCUUGGUUCUGCAUGUGGUUUGCAUUAAGGCCUUAAAAAGCUGUGAACACUAAGGUAAUGAUGUAAGGCACUAAUGUAAAUUCCAAACUGUUGAUAGAAGUGAAGGAAGCUUCAAAAAUAUUUUAACCCCACCAUGUGUUGAAAUCAUCUAGAUCUUCAGUUUGAUAGACGAGAAGGGUAAUGUGUAAAUAAUAAUCCAUGCACAGACAACUUUAGAAUACUUAAAAUUCCCAAAGAAUUCUUUAAAAGAGUUUAAGAAAGAAAACAAGCAAAAAAGCUUUUUAAAGUAAUAAGUAUAACAUUUCAUGUGUUAUCUAAAUUAAGCAUUUUAUAAUAGAACUCAUUGCAUAUCUCUUAGAAGUAAGCCCUGAAGUGUUCAAAGAAGUGUGUACAGGCAUGCAGCCACAGUUCUCACUGGUACAGUAAACCAAAAUCAGAAGUGACCUAAGGAUAUGAGAAAGGAUUGGUUCUACUGGCAAGCAUGUAUGCAGAUCAUAAACAUCUCAGAAGCUAGUGUAGUAAAACACACACACACCACAUUUCUUGUUGCCAUGCACAUAGUUCCCAGGUCUGCUGACAAGAGGCAUUCUGGUGCAGUUUGCAGCUCAUCUGGGAACUUGUGAUACAAAACAUGGAGAAUAUUAUAAGUUUAUACAUCUGUGCAGUUAAAGAGAUGCCUGGGGGCUUUUGAAGGGAUGGUAAAUGCAGAUUCUCUUAAGUCUUGACAUUAUUUUUCUCUACUUUUUCAUUUCUGUUAUUCAAAAAGUAGCUUUAAAAAUCAAGAUAUACAAUGUAUGCCUAUUUUCAAUAACCCAUGUGAAAUGGCUUGGUGCUCUUUAAAUGUUCCAAAGGACUCUGUUGGUUUUAGAAUCUUUGUUAGCAGUUAGUGGCCUUAGAAUCUGUUAGUGGCCUUACAAUGAUGACUUCAUGUGAAAUACUUUCAAAUGAAAAUACAGACAUUAAUUUAGGGGGAUAUUAAAAGAGGCGAUUAACCUGAUGGGCCAAAUUCAUCUUUAUCUAAAGCCAAACCUGUGCUUCAGUGAGCCAACUUUUCCUUCUCUCUCUUUCAUAGUUCUGUAUUGUUUUACAAUUGCUGCCUAAAAAUGCUAUGGGAGUGCUCCAUGAAAGAGCCUCUUUAACAGACUCUACACAUAGAUUUUACCUUCUUUUAUUAUUUUAUGAUUUGUUUAUAUUUAAAAUACAGCCGUUUUCUAAUCCCCAUUUUCUUAGCUUUUUCUGUUCUGUUGGUUGUUCCAGAGUGGGCAGUACAAGACACUGACAUCUUUGGCUUGUUAGAGCAUAGAUGCCUGCAGAAGCUGACGUUUUCCACGCCUGCUUGCAGCCUAUUUCUCCUUUACAUCCAUUGCUUACUGUCUGCUCAAUGUCUAGGCGAAUCUGUCAUCUGUGCCAGAGCACAGCCUGCUGCACCACUGACAGUAAGAAGAUUUUUUCUAAAGUUUUUCCUCAAGUGCAAUCAAAACUGUUUGAAGAAUGCAGGCAACCCACGAGAUAUGCGAAGAUUCCAGGUUGUUGUAUCAACAACAGUCAAUGUGGAUGGCCAUGUUCUGGCUGUCUCAGACAACAUGUUUGUACACAACAACUCCAAACAUGGAAGGCGGGCUCGCCGCCUUGACCCCUCAGAAGCCACACCUUGUAUAAAGGCCAUCAGUCCUAGUGAAGGUUGGACAACUGGUGGAGCCACAGUAAUCAUAAUUGGUGACAACUUCUUUGAUGGGUUACAAGUCGUUUUUGGAACUAUGUUGGUGUGGAGUGAGCUGAUAACACCCCAUGCCAUCAGAGUUCAAACCCCACCACGGCACAUUCCUGGAGUUGUUGAAGUAACCCUUUCCUACAAGUCCAAACAGUUCUGUAAAGGUGCUCCUGGACGGUUUGUCUAUACUGCCCUUAAUGAACCAACAAUAGAUUAUGGAUUCCAGAGGUUGCAGAAAGUCAUUCCACGGCAUCCAGGUGAUCCUGAACGGUUACCAAAGGAAGUAUUACUUAAAAGAGCAGCUGACCUUGUUGAAGCCCUGUAUGGUAUGCCCCACAACAACCAAGAAAUAAUCCUGAAGCGAGCAGCUGAUAUUGCAGAAGCAUUAUACAGUGUGCCACGCAAUCACAAUCAGAUUCCUACACUUGCCAACACUCCAGCUCAUACAGGCAUGAUGGGAGUAAAUUCAUUUAGCAGCCAGCUAGCAGUUAAUGUUUCAGAAACAUCACAAGCUAAUGACCAAGUAGGUUACAGUCGCAACACAAGCAGUGUUUCCCCACGAGGAUAUGUUCCAAGCAGUACUCCUCAGCAGUCCAACUACAACACCGUCAGCAAUAGCAUGAAUGGAUAUGGCAAUGCAGGCAUGCCCAAUCUCGGUGUACCUGGUUCCCCCGGAUUUCUGAAUGGCUCCUCAGCUAACUCCCCUUAUGGCAUAGUACCGUCAAGCCCUACCAUGGCAGCCUCUUCGGUCACCCUCCCUUCAAACUGUAGCAGUACACACGGCAUUUUCUCAUUCUCACCUGCCAAUGUCAUCUCUGCAGUGAAACAAAAGAGCGCCUUUGCUCCUGUUGUCAGGCCCCAAGCUUCUCCUCCACCAUCUUGCACCAGUGCAAAUGGAAAUGGACUUCAAGGUGAGCUGGAUCUCUGUAUCAUUUUUUGUGUAAUUGCAGAUUUUUUCAGACAAAACAGAAAAACAUUCAGCUUUGAAUCGCAAUAAGAAAUAGUAUUUUGUCACUGGUGAAUAACAGAAGAGACCCCACCCCUUCACACACACAAAUACUUAGAUCUUUUUAAAAAUUGGCAUUGCAUUGCAGUAUAAGACUUUGAUAUCAAAUGUAGCAGCACAAAAUAUAACCUGCAAUUUUGCCUAAUGCUUGUUAGACUUUAAUGUUUGCAUUAAAAGAAAUAAUAGCUAUUUUCUAAGCAUUUCUUCUUAAGGUUUCAUUCAUGAAAUUUUAAACUGAACACACAGUCCAGAAUGCCUUUCCACAGAUUGGAUGUAUUUUUUGUAUUUCUUUAUACAUUCCUGUUUUUUAAUGGACGCAUAUUAAUUAACAGCUUUUCAAGAUGUGCUGGUUUCAUAAUGGUGUUAUUAUCUGAUACCUGAAGAAUCUUACAAAAAUGUUUUAAGGUGUUCAGUGUUUUUGUUGUUCAUCCUCAGAUUCAUUACUAGGUUUUGUGGUCUUACUGGAAUGUAUUCCAGUUAAACUGCUCAUAAAAAUUAGGAUAAAGAACUAUAAAAUAGCGUGUGGAAUCAAUAUAACCACUUGCUGUCAUUGAUACAAGAUGUGAAAAUUUAUAGAGGGAGCAAAAUCCAACUGCAAAUAUUCUUACUAAACGGAUUGCUUUUCAUUAAAAAAACACUACCUUACAUUUUUGAAAUGAGGUACAAACCUACCCCAGCUGAAUCAAACUGAAAUUCAGCUGCAAGGGAUUCAAAACAUACUCUGAAUAUUUAGCACUACAUAGUUUUGGUGGAAUGCAGCACAACUAGAACUGAAAGAAGUCUUGGAUCACAAAAGCAUAUAUUUAUUUCAUACAACAGAAUAGUAUGAUCUCAUGCAGUUUCUAAAGUGAAGGCUUUCAGGGUUUGGAUAUAUUUAGACCUAUAACAAAUAUAGAAUAUAACAAACAUAAAAUAAUUGAUAGGGCUAGAAAGGACUUUCCCUAAAUCCAAUAUAAUUUAUCCCUAUUAAAUAAACUAUUCCUUAGGGAUUAAACACACACACCCCUCCAUUUUAAAGUAUUGAUGGAAGUCUACAAACUGAAUAUUUUUCCAAUUUAAAAUAUCAAGUCAGGCACAAAACCUGUGCUACUGGAAAUAUCUAGAAGUUCAGAAUCAUAGAACAGAAGAGUUGGAAGGGGCCAGAGUCCAACUCAGAGUUGAGUCCAACCCCCUGCUCAGUGCAGGACUCCAAGUUAAACUAUCCCUCUCAGAUGGCUGUCCAGUUGCCUCUGGAAUGCUUCAAGUGUGAGAGAGGUCACAACCUCCCUAAUUAAUUGGUUCCAUGGUCAUAUGGUUCUAACAGUCAGAAAGUUCUUCCUGAUGUUUAGCCAGAACCUGGCUUCCUCAUAUUCUGUUAUUCUGUGU